GUCAACGCAUGCGCUGUCGUAUUGAAUGUGAGAAAAAUACAGCAAAUGUUUGAUUGAAUUGAAAACAAAACACAACAGAAAAAAGUGUUGUUUUGAAAGUGAAGUACAAAUCAAUGGUUUGUUUAAGACAUUGAAUCCAUUGAACGGUCACCGCAUCGGAUCCCAAGACACACGACACACAUAAAGCCAAUGCAUAUCUAAUGUACGGUUAAGUGAAGCGAACAGAAGCGGUGAUCGACGAAGAAGUGGUGGGAAACUCGCGAAGAGGCAGAAGAAGCGGACCAUUAGUUGUGCCAAAGAAACCAUUGAUCCGACCGAACAGACGGACCCGUCUUCGGGCCAAACGAUGUCCGCAUAUCUGGUGGAACCGGACGGACAGCCGCUGGCCUUCCAUAGGGUUCACAGCUUUGAGAUACUCUACCAGAAGAAGAAGAAGAGAGCGAAGUUUGUGGACCAAUACGUGAUGGGAGAUGUGGUCGGAGAGGGCGCCUACUCUCGAGUCAAGGAGUGUCUCGACUCGAAGACACUCGAGAGGAAGGCCGCGAAGAUCAUGAAGAAGAAGAGGUUACGAAAGAUACCGAACGGCGAACAGAAUGUCCAGAGAGAGAUCCAACUGUUGAGGCGUUUGGACCACAAGAAUGUAAUCAAAUUGUAUUCAGUUAUCUAUAAUGAGGCCAAAGAGAAGCUCUAUAUGAUAAUGGAGUACUGCGUGGCUGUCAUACAAGAGCUGUUGGAUUCAGUGCCCGACAAAAAGUUUCCCAUAUUUCAGUCACACGACUACUUCUGUCAAUUGGUGUUGGGUUUGGAAUACCUUCACAGUCAGGGAAUUAUACACAAAGACAUUAAACCGGGAAAUUUAUUGCUCACAAACGCGGGUGUCGUCAAAAUCACGGACUUUGGUGUGUCUGAGAUGUUAGACACGUUUCAAAUGAGCGAUUUGUGUAAAUUAAGUCAGGGAUCGCCCGCUUUCCAGCCUCCGGAGAUCGCCGACGGAAACGAAUACUUUUCGGGCUUCAAAGUGGACAUCUGGUCGUCGGGCGUAACGCUGUUUAACUUCACGACCGGAAUCUAUCCGUUCGAAGGCGACAACAUUUACCGCCUCUUCGAGAACAUCAGCAAAUGCGAGCUCAGCAUACCGUCAGACAUGGAUGAGUUGCUCCAAUCGCUCGUCGAGGGAAUGCUCCGGAAGUCGCCCGAAGAGCGUUACGCUAUCGAAGACAUCAAAUACCACGACUGGGUGAAGAAGAAACACCCGCGCAUCUCAUCCGCCGUCCAAAUACCACAAAAACCCGGCGGACAGGAGUUCCGGUCGAUGUCUGUACUGCCAUACCUGUGCGAUCUCCACAGACGUAACAGUGAUAAUAACACAAUGGAUGGCCAAUUAGUGGGCAGUGAAUCGCAACUAGAAUUAUCGCAGCGCUCCUCCGAUCGGUACGAGAGGAACAGAACUGCCGGCGAUGUUCACAGUCGGCGCUCAACGCACAUGAAUAGGCUCUUCAAUUGUUUAGGUUUUAAUCGAUGCCAACAGUCCUGACGCCAGUGACCACUGACCGCACGUCACUUCACAUUAUUAUUAUUAUUGUAAUUGUCGAUGAAUUGUGAUCUAUUUGUUAUGCAGUCAAAUACGGCUUCUCUCACCCCUUAUAACACCCCAACAAUCGUUCACUUCUAUCACAACUAAUGUUCAAAAUCCCGGUCUUUCCCAUCAAAUAAACUUCUAUAUAAAAAUAAUAUGUC